AUGACCGUCCCUUCCUGCUCACAUACAGCUGAGCAUCAUGGGAGUCCCUAUGUUUACCGUGUCUCUGGAGGACCUGGUCGUGGCCGUGGCAUUGUUUCCCCCAGCAUGCCAGGACGUCAGAUUCGCUCCCCCCAGCCCACCGCACCCCCCGAGACCCUCAUCGUACCAGCCCACAGCCCGAGGGUCCACCUCAGCCAGGAUGACAUCAAGAAGCUGAGGUUACUAUCUAUCAGUCACUGACAUCAAGAAGCUGAGGUUACUAUCUAUCAAUCACUGACAUCAAGAAGCUGAGGUUACUAUCUAUCAAUCACUGACAUCAAGAAGCUGAGGUUACCAUCAAUCAAUCAGUCACUGACAUCAAUAAGCUGAGGUUACUAUCAAUCAAUCACUGACAUCAAUAAGCUGAGGUUACCAUCAAUCAAUCAAUCACUGACAUCAAUAAGCUGAGGUUACUAUCAAUCAGUCACUGACAUCAAGAAGCUGAGGUUGCUAUCUAUCAAUCACUGACAUCAAGAAGCUGAGGUUACUAUCUAUCAAUCACUGUUGAUGUUGUAACUGUUGUCUUAUUAUCAUUAGGUAGAUAUUAGAUAUUCAUGGGUUUUUAUUCAUCAAUCCGUGUGCUAACUCUGAGGUUCAUAUGCACAUCUUGUUGAGGUGUUUUUCAUUUGCAGCCCUAAAAUUAAACUCAACUCAACUUCUGUUCAACUCUAUUCUAUUCUAUUCUAUUAAUUCCCCUCCAGGUUCAAGCCCACGGUGGGGUCGGUGCACCUAUCAGAGGGCCACAAGGCCAAGUUCAACUGCUCCAUCGAGGUCCCUGACAACCACCUGGACCUCACCGUGCUGUGGUGGAAGAACAACAUGGAGCUGGCUGAAAACCUGCAGGUGGUCAUCAACGAACUACAGACCGUCACACAUGGGGUCAUGACCCUGCUGUCCACCGUCAGGUAACUGUGACGGGAGCACUGUGACGGGAGCACUGUGACAUUCAUGGCAGACACAGCAUGUGAAGAAAAGAGCGUUUAAACUUAGAUCAUUUGGAUCGUUUGGAUACUUAGAUCAUUUGGAUCGUUUGGAUACUUAGAUCAUUGCACAUUUUUAUAAUUUAACUGCCAAGUUUUCAGUUACAGUCGACCUUCAUCAGAACAUCGAUAGACAAACACAAAAAGCGAGUGCAAUCAGUAUUAUAAAUCAGGUGUAAAAGUUCUGAAAUGUCAGGAUCGCUAAAUUUCUCCACUACUUGUGUUUCAGCAUAACUCGUGUGCAGAGAGCUGACGCUGGGGACUACCACUGUAGACUGAGAGUCAGUGACAUAGAGAUAGAGUCCCAGCCUAUCAGCAUUCAGGUCGAAGGUGAGUCCCCACAUCAUACCAGUGCAUGAAAUGAUGACUAGAGUUUCCAUCACUGGUUCUUAACAUAUUUAAUGUGUUUGAGGGGAUCAGUUUGGCGCAGAAUUGCCGAUAUUGAUCAUAAUGAGUAAUUGAUCAUAAUAAGUAGUUAUUGAUCAUAAUAAGUAGUUAUUUGGGGUAUAAGGUGAAUUGUAGAUCAGGGAUUCUGCAGUCUGACUGCAAUGUAGUCCAUCUCAAACAUGUAUUCUGUGGGUGUGCGUGUGUUUAGGUCUACCAACGUUCACCAGACACCCAGAUGACAUGAACGUAACUCGUAACAGCCCCUUUAACCUGUCAUGUGAAGCGGUGGGUUCCCCGAAUCCUAUCACGAUCCGCUGGCUACGCAACGGAGUUCCUGAGAUGGGGUACCUUACCUCCCCCAGCAUGUACACUGUACCAGGUCAGAGGGAGAGAGAGAGACACACGCACAUGGGCGCAUGUACAGACGAGCACACACAUGCGCGUAUACAUGCAUGCGCAGAAUGCACAUACACACAAACACACACAUAUGCACAUACACACAAACACACACACACAUAUGCACGUACAAUCUCUUGCUGUCAUGUGAAGUAUUGAACUGUGGCCACCAAUAUUAUCUCAGUACCUCUUUCUGGGUUUCAGAUAGUCAGUACCUCUUUCUGGGUUUCAGAUAGUCAGUACCUCUUUCUGGGUUUCAGAUAGUCAGUACCUCUUUCUGGGUUUCAGAUAGUCAGUACCUCUUUCUGGGUUUCAGAAAGUCUGAAGGUGGACUGUUUGGUAUCCUAGUCAGCAUCUGGUCUAAAGUAGUGCACUACAUAGGGAAUAUGGUGUAAAGUGGUGCACUACAUAGGGGAUAUGGUGUAAAGUGGUGCACUACAUAGGGGAUAUGGUGUAAAGUGGUGCACUACAUAGGGAAUAUGGUGUAAAGUAGUGCACUACAUAGGGGAUAUGGUGUAAAGUGGUGCACUACAUAGGGAAUAUGGUGUAAAGUGGUGCACUACACAGGGGAUAUGGUGUAAAGUGGUGCACUACAUAGGGAAUAUGGUGUAAAGUAGUGCACUACAUAGGUGAUAUGGUGUAAAGUGGUGCACUACAUAGGGGAUAUGGUACCAUUUGGGACACAUCCGUAGCCUCUCUCCUAAGGCCUAGAAAACCUUUUUAAAAAUAAAAGAAAGUGGACUUCCACGCUGUGCUUUGCCCAUUUCUAAACGUUGAUCACCUGAAUCAUUCCUUUAUAACACCACAAAUGUACUGUAGGUUGUGUUGAGUUGGGUUUUCUGGCAUUAGUGGGAUACACAACAUCCCCCAAGUCCUGAAGGAAAUCUGUGCAUAGGUCUAUUAAGGGAAAUGUUUUGUUCUGUGUGUAUAUUAUUCAGUUUUACACAUCGUUUCCCUUAUCUAAGUUAAAUUACCUUGUUAUGUAGCCUCCCGAGUGGCGCACUGCAUCGCGGUGCUUGAGGGGCGUCACUACAGACCCGGGUUCGAUCCCAGGCUGUGUCACAGCUGGCUGUGACCGGGAGACCCAUGAGGCGGCACACAAUUGGCCCAGUGUCAUCCGGGUUAGGGGAGUGUUUGGCCGGCCGGGAUUUCCUUGUCCCGUCGCGCUCUAGCGACUCCUUGUGGCAGGCCGGGCGCCUGCAAGCUGACUUCUGUCGCCAGCUGGACGGUGUUUCCUCCGUCCAGCUGGCGUCCUACGGACUCAGGUAGGCGAAGGUCGAGAGCCAUGCGUCCUCCGAAACACGACCCUGCCAAGCCGCACUGCUUCUUGAAACACUGCUCGCUUAACCCGGAAGCCAGCCGCACCAAUGUGUCGGAGGAAACACUGUCCAACUGGCGACCGAAGUCGACUUGCAAUCGCCCGGCCCGCCACAAGGAGUCACUAGAGCGCGACGGGACAAGGAAAUCCCGGCAGGCCAAACACUCCCCUAACCCGGACGACGCUCUCUCUCUCUUCUCUAUUUUCCUCUAUCGCUCUCUCUCUCGCGCUCUCUCUCUUCUCUAUUUUCCUCUCUCUCUCUAUCUAUUCUCUCCACCUAUCACUUUCUCUCUCGCUCUCUCUCUCGCGCUCUCUCUCGCACUCUCUCGUGCUCUCUCUCUUUCUCUCUCUCGCGCUCUCUCUCUUCUCUAUUUUCCUCUCUCUCUCUCUCUCUCCCCCUAUUGCUUUCUCUCUCUCUCUCUCGCUCUCUCUCUCUCUCUCCUCUCCUGCUACCAAGAAUAUCACUGUGUUCACUGUCACUGUGGGCCCCCAGGGUUACAAUGCUGAAUAACUAACCACUUUCAACCGGACUCACUCAUGCUUUUACAGUGCCUAUGUGUGGACUGUAUACCUAGAUAACCAUGUUGGUUAUUGGGGAAAAUGGAUUCUUUCAGUUGGUCUUGGUGGGGGAGGAACCUGAUACUGUUGGGUCAAGAUAAGCUUCGUCUGCAAGGAGAUGUUUUUUGUGGUUUGAAGAAUGGGGAUGUGUUGUCUGCCAAGACUGAUUAAAGCUACAACAUUUAGGACAUUUGCUAAGUUAGUUAUGGUUUGAAUCCUAAAGGGUACCUAAUAAAUACAUGUGAAGUGUGAGCAGUGUUGUGAGCAUAAACCUUGAAGUUACAUAACAUUGGCUCUACACAAUUUACAGCAGUUAAUUUACUUGAUGCCCUAGAGCAAAGCAUUCUUGUUAAAUCCCCCCUGUGGAGCAGAGUAGUCACAGAGGUGAGUUGUGGGUCUUUAGUAGUCUAGACUCAGUGGUGGGUCUUUAGUAGUCUAGACUCAGUGGUGGGUAUUUAGUAGUCUAGACUCAGUGGUGGGUCUUUAGUAGUCUAGACUCAGUGGUGGGUCUUUAGUAGUCUAGACUCAGUGGUGGGUCUUUAGUAGUCUAGACUCAGUGGUGAGUUGUGGGUCUUUAGUAGUCUAGACUCAGUGGUGGGUCUUUAGUAGUCUAGACUCAGUGAUGAGUCUUUAGAGGUCUAGAGUCAGUGGUGGGUCUUUAGUAGUCUAGACUCAGUGGUGAGUUGUGGGUCUUUAGUAGUCUAGACUCAGUGGUGAGUGGUGGGUCUUUAGUAGUCUAGACUCAGUGGUGAGUUGUGGGUCUGCUUGCUGAGAGGUGGAGGAUUAAUGGUCAGAGUUGAUAUUUUGACUAGCGUGUGCUGCGGCUAGGGUUGUGAGCUUGUGUGUGUGUGUAUGUGAUGGGGGUUGUAGGGGAGAUGGACGGAUCGGGGGAUGGCUCCUUAGACAAAGGCCUCAUUCACGGGACGGCCCACUACUCCCGCUCUGCUCUGCAGGGAGGGGCUGGAAUGGGAGUCUGGCUGGGGGCUGCAGGCUUUUAUUUUUACUAGGCUGGGGGUCUACUAUUGUUACUAGGCUGGUAGUCUACUAUUGUUACUAGGCUGGUAGUCUACUAUUGUUACUAGGCUGGUAGUCUACUAUUGUUACUAGGCUGGUAGUCUACUAUUGUUACUAAGCUGGUAGUCUACUAUUGUUACUAGGCUGGUAGUCUACUUUUGUUAUGGGUAGCCUUUCCUCCCUCAAAACACUGAUCAAAUAAAAUGAAAUGUUAUUCAUCACAUGCUUGGUAAACAACAGGUAGUCAAGACUCAGUGGUGAGUUGUGGGUCUUUAGUAGUCUAGACUCAGUGGUGAGUGGUGGGUCUUUAGUAGUCUAGACUCAGUGGUGAGUGGUGGGUCUUUAGUAGUCUAGACUCAGUGAUGAGUUGUGGGUCUUAAGUAGUCUAGACUUAGUGGUGAGUUGUGGGUCUUUAGUAGUCUAGACUCAGUGAUGAGUUGUGGGUCUUAAGUAGUCUAGACUCAGUGAACAGUGAAAUGCCUUAUGGACCCUUCCCAACAAUACAGAGAGAGAAAAUCAAAUACCAGUUUCCAUGAAUGUAUAUUGCCGUCCAGUCAGCCACUCCCAGAACAAUACCCAGCAAACAUGACGCAAUUGGCCCCAUGUAGGUAUUCGGGGGGCAAGGUGGGCAUGGGUUAGCCCACACAAGCCCUGCACGGGUAAGCCCACACAAGCCCUGCACGGGUAAGCCCACACCAAGCCCUGCAUGGGUUAGCCCACACCAAGCCCUGCAUGGGUUAGCCCACACCAAGCCCUGCAUGGGUAAGCCCACACCAAGCCCUGCACGGGUAAGCCCACACCAAGCCCUGCAUGGGUUAGCCCACACCAAGCCCUGCACGGGUAAGCCCACACCAAGCCCUGCAUGGGUUAGCCCACACCAAGCCCUGCAUGGGUUAGCCCACACCAAGCCCUGCAUGGGUUAGCCCACACAAGCCCUGCAUGGGUUAGCCCACACCAAGCCCUGCAUGGGUUAGCCCACACCAAGCCCUGCACGGGUAAGCCCACACCAAGCCCUGCAUGGGUUAGCCCACACCAAGCCCUGCACGGGUAAGCCCACACCAAGCCCUGCAUGGGUUAGCCCACACAAGCCCUGCAUGGGUUAGCCCACACCAAGCCCUGCAUGGGUUAGCCCACACCAAGCCCUGCACGGAUCAUGUGACUAUGAGAGAUGUCAACAUUUUGAUCACAGUUUUACGAAAGUAUAAGGCUUUUGUUUAUAAAGCAUUUGUAGGUAUUUAUGUAGAUCUUUAUAAUGGGCUUGUGAGGUAAGCUUUUGUACUUGUACGAACUGAAAGGCUGCAUACUCUGACAAGACAGAUGUGGCAUUAUGUACUACAUUACCCAUAAUGCUCUGUACAUCAUGUAUAGACUCCUUACCAAGGCAGCAGACUCAUGAGAUAUUCAGAGGAAAGUAAACAAAACUAGAAAAGGUAAAUGUCCUAAAGAAAAUGUGUGUACUUGUUUCAGCAGUCUAAAAGUCUGUUGUAUGCUAGUGGUAGAAGAUUAAAAUGGUAAAUGCUAAUGUAGACGGCUAGACGCCCACUGACCGUAUGUUACAAAACAGAUUCAUUAGAUAUAAACAACAAGCCAAGCUGUUUCCAGUUCCAGUCAGCUCUCGUGUGCAGCGCAAGCAGUCCAUUGUUGAACAGUUUCCGAGCUUGGAGGCAGAGCAAGCAGUGCAUUGUUGAAGAAGUUUCCGAGCAUGAAACACUGGACAGGGAAAACAACAACACAAAAGGGACAUUAUGGAGCCUACGCCUCACAAGCUGAGCAGCUGCAGGGUUUAAACUCUGGUACUGUGUGGUGGUAGCCAGGGGAAUGAGCCCAGGGGAAUGAGCCCAGGGGAAUGAACCAAUUACUCUAAUAGUACAGAAACGGUUGCAAAGUGGAAAGAUGCAAAAGUUUGGUUCAUUGUUGAGGUACUGCGUUAAUCUAACCUGACACCUUACUCUCCAACUCACUUGACAUUUGACUCUGUAGGUACCAGGCCUAUGUUUUGUCAAGGGUGAUUCUAGGUGUGGUUUCCAGUGUUUUAUCAGUCACAACACACCAGUCAAACCACCCAGACCACUAAUUAUCUUUAGGCCUACUCAGCACUAAGACUCUUCCCCCUAUCCAGCUGGAACAGCUUUCAUCAGCCUGUUCAUGGUGACAAACACUUUACCCACUACAGUACAUGUAGUCCUGUAUUACAUUUUACAUUUUAGUCAUUUAGCAGACGCUCUUAUCCAGAGCGACUUACAGUUAGUGAGUGCAUACAUUUUUCAUACUGGCCCCCCAUGGGAAUCGAACCCACAACCCUGGCGUUGCAAACACCAUGCUCUACCAACUGAGCUACACGGGGUAAGUUAAUGGUCAACAUUCACUUUCAGGAGUUAUGUGGAGGGGAGUGAAAUGAAAAUGUGGCUUUAGAAUUAAAAAAAUGUGUAUGUGAAUUUUGCAGCUGACACAAUUAAAAUUGGUUUCUGUUUGUAGGGUAGCUGGUAGAAGCAUGAACGUUAUCAAGACCUUGACUUAUUUUCUAUUGCCUUUCAGUAGUUUCUGUACUGUAUUCGCAUGAUAAAUGUAUUGUUUGUAAAUGUUUCGAUUAAUAUUUCAGUGGUUUUUCCUAUUGGUUCUACAGAGAGAUUAGUCUUCUCUUUUCAGCAGUAGGCAUUUGCUUUCCAAACUGUACAUUUUUCCCGUGAUUGUAUUUUGAAAUCUGCAAAAGGCAAACCAACCGCCGCAACCAACCGUAUAAAUAUAAUCCAUAGAUGACAGUUCCCAUUCAAGUCAGGACUGGCAUUCAUUUCUAGUGUACCCAUGAGUUUAACAGUCAAAUUGCCAGGGUAAGAGGUUACAAAACCCUUGUAUGGAUUAUACGUCUAUGGCCACAACGCAACAAGCUGUAGCCUAUAUUUGGCAUGCAUGCUGCCCAAACUGCGGCCUUCCCGACUGUAGUCAUACCGGUAACUGCCCAAAUAAAGGAAACACUUCAGUAAACAAGGGAUACAGUUUAUGUCAUGGUGUGGAGUGCAUUUUCCUGGCAUGGUUUAGGUCCACUUGUAGAAUCUAUGCCAAGGCACAUUGAAGCUGUUCUGGCAGCUCGUGGUGGCCCAACACCCUUUAAGACACUUUAUGUUGGUGUUUCCUUCAUUUAGACAGUUACCUGUAUGUGCUUGUGAUAAAAAUUUAUCCACAGUUAUUUAUUAUAAACUAUUGAUCCUCUGUGGCUAAAUUAUGCUCUCUGGUGUAUGUAAUUUUAAUUAAAACAAAAUUGGCCUCUUGGGCCCCCUACAGGCUUGGGCCCAGCCCCUGACUCACACAAUUGACCAGUCACAUUGAUUUACUAUGUUUUUUUUUUACAUUAAUUGUAUUAAUCAGUUACCCAGUCAAGGCAGGGCCCCCCGUUACCCAUGUGGGCCCCCUACCUCCUCUCCUCCCCCCAUCUGAUGAUUAGCAGAGCAGCAGCAGGCUGUCUACACUUGAGAGCGGGCUCCUGAGUUCCUGUGGUUGGCGGUUGCAGUGAAAAAAUAUAAAAUAUAUACUACAUAGUAUAUAAUAUAUACAGUAUUGCCUUCAUCUUACUCUACAUACAGUGCAUUCUGAAAGUAUUCAGACCCCUUGACUUUUUCCACAUUGUUACGUUACAGCCUUUUUCUAAAAUUGAUUAAAUUGUAUUUUUUCCUCAUCAAUCUACACACAAUACCCCAUAAUGACAAAGCAAAAACAGGUUUUUAGAAAUGUUUGCAAAUUUAUACAAAAUAAAAAACUGAAAUAUUACAUUUACAUACGUUUUCAGACCCUUUACUCAGUACUUUGUUGAAGCACCUUUGGCAGCGAUUACAGCCUCGAGUCUUCUUGGGUAUGACGCUACAAGUUUGUCGUCAACAGUGAAGAGGCGACUCCGGGAUGCUGACCUUCUAGGCAGAGUUGCAAAGAAAAAGCCAUAUCUCAGACUGCCCAUCCUUUUUUUUUUUUUAUUGGCCAGUCUGAGAUAUGGCUUUUUCUUUGCAACUCUGCCUAGAAGGUCAGCAUCCCGGAGUCGCCUCUUCACUGUUGACGUUGAGACUGGUGUUUUGCGGGAAGUAUUUAAUGAAGCUGCCAGUUGAGGACCUGUGAGGUGCCUGUUUCUCAAACUAGACACUCUAAUGAAUUUGUCCUCUUGCUCAGUUGUGCACUGGGGCCUCCCACUCCUCUUUCUAUUCUGGUUAGAGCCAGUUUGCGCUGUUCUGUGAAGGGAGUAGUACACAGCGUUGUACGAGAUCUUCAGUUUCUUGGCAAUUUCUCGCAUGGAAUAGCCUUCAUUUCUCAGAACAAGAAUAGACUGACGAGUUUCAGAAGAAAGUUAUUUGUUUCUGGACAUUUUGAGCCUGUAAUCAAACCCACAAUUGCUGAUGCUCCAGAUACUCAACUAGUCUCAAGAAGGCCAGUUUUAUUGCUUCUUUAAUCAGCACAACAGUUUUCAGCUGUGCUAACAUAAUUGCAAAAGGGUUUUCUAAUGAUCAAUUAGCCUUUUAAAAUGAUAAACUUGGAUUAGCAAACACAACGUGCCAUUGGAACACAGGACUGAUGAUUGCUGAAAAUGGGACAGGUGUCUUUUAUACUGAUAACAAGUUCAAACAGGUGCCAUUAAUACAGGUAACGAGUGGAGGACAGAGGAGCCUCUUAAAGAAGAAGUUACAGGUCUGUGAGAGCCAGAAAUCUUGCUUGUUUGUACGUGACCAAAUACUUAUUUUCCACCAUAAUUUGCAAAUAAAUUCAUUAAAAAUCCUACAAUGUGAUUUUCUGGAUUUUUUUUCCUCAUUUUGUCUGUCAUAGUUGACGUGUACCUAUGAUGAAAAUUACAGGCCUCUCUCAUCUUUUUAAGUGGGAGAACUUGCACAAUUGGUGGCUGACUAAAUACUUUUUUUCCCCACUGUAGAUAUUCCAUAGAAAAUCAGCCGUUUCCAGCUACAAUAGCCAUUUACAACAUUAACAAUGUCUACACUGUAUUUCUGAUCAAUUUGAUGUUAUUUUAAUGGACAAAAAAAUUGCUUUUCUUUCGAAAACAAGGACAUUUCUAUGUGACCCCAAACUUUUGAACGGUAGUGUAUGUGUGUGUGUGUGUGUGUGUAUGUAUAUAUAUAUAUAUAUAUAUAUAUAUAUAUAUAUACUUUUUUUUUUUUUGCUGCCUCUUGGGACCCCACGGUCCUGGGCCCAGGGGCUUCAGCCUCGGUAAGCCCCUGCAUUAAUCCGGCCGGGGGGAGGUGCAGAGUGUGUGAGGUAAUACAGUAGGGGAAAUGUGAGUGCUUCUCAAAUGUAAUGUUUAAUGCGUUCUCCACACUCUCGUCCUCACAAGAACGGACUCAAGAGAACAUCCUCUGAGAAUGUACUCGGAGCAUGAGAGUGUGGAGGAUGGUAGUAUGCAUAUUGAGAAACACCCACAGUUAAACUUCACAUUGGCAGCAUGAUUAUUAUUGUAAAUCCUCUCAUUUACUAUCUCCUUCUGUACAAUUCCAUGAACAUGCUUCUGUGUUAUGUUUCUGUCUGUAGGUGUGGACAAGUAUACCCAGUUCAACUGUGAGGCCCACAACCAGAAAGGUGUCACUACUUCCAGGGAAGCUAACAUCAAUAUUAAAGGUAAUUUGGACUCCAAAGUCUCCUCCCACACUUUGAACUGUUUGAAUAAGAUCAGCAUAAAAGAGUCUUACUCUGAGACUCUGUGAAUAUGGCCGUUGAUAUUUUUGAGAGCACAUUCAGAGUCGGCAAGCUGUCCGAGCAAUUAUAAUACCCUAUACCAGAAUGAGACAGCUUCUUCCUAUACCAGAAUUAGGCCGCUUUUCAUGAUGAUUGUGUUUUGGUAUGUUUGCAGUGCUUCCAGCUCCUGUCACUGAGGUCACAGUGAUACAAUGUGAAUCUAACAAACUAGUUCUGAGAUGGACCCCUGGACACGAUGGAUUCUCCCCACUCACUACCUGCCAGAUCAGGGUAAGCAAAGCUCACACUCACCACACAUGUCUCCCGAGUGGCGCAGUGGUCUAAGGCACUGCAUUGCAGUGCUAGCUGUGCCACUAGAGAUCCUGGUUCGAAUCCAGGCUCUGUCGUAGCCGGCCGCGACCGGGAGACUCAUGGGGCGGCGCACAAUUGGCCCAGCGUCGUCCAGGGUAGGGGAGGGAAUGGCCGGCAGGGAUGUAGCUUAGUUGGUAUAGCAUGGCGUUUGCAACGCCAGGGUUGUGGGUUCGAUUCCCAUGGGGGGCCAGUAUGAAAAAUGUAUGCACUCACUAACUGUAAGUCGCUCUGGAUAAGAGUGUCUGCUAAAUGACUAAAAUGUAAAUGUAAAAUGUACCUGCCAGAUCAGGGUAAGCAAAGCUCACACUCACCACACUACCUGCCAGAUCACGGUAAGCAAAGCUCCACACUCCCCACUCACUCACUACCUGCCAGAUCAGGGUAAGCAAAGCUCCACACUCCCCACUCACUCACUACCUGCCAGAUCAGGGUAAGCAAAGCUCCACACUAGAUAGUGUAUGAUGACAGAGAGACAGCACCAGCCUAAUACAUGUAUAGGGCUGACAGCAUGAGUCAGUUCGGAAUACAAACACAUUUUUAUCUGUUUGUUUGAAUCCCUGCCUAAGGGUUGUUUAGUGUGGUUCCUAAACAACUUUGUGAUAUUUUUGCACAAAUGUAUUUUUGUAAGAAAAUUAUAUUCUAAAUGUCUGUGUACAGUAGACUACUGUUGUGAUGAACAUAUAACCUGUAUCCUUCCCUGUGCUCUCUCCAAGGUGAAAGAGGUGAGCCGGAGGAGAGGAGAGGUCAGGCUGGCUAGGAUCAUCAACACUAUAGCUCCUCCUUUCCAGAGUGAUGUCCCAGGGUUACAGGCCAUGACCUGGUACAACGUUAGUGUCUCCUGUAGCAACGAGCUCGGCCAAUCACCAGUCAGUACCUGGGUCCAGAGCAGCACUACAGAAGGAGGUGGGUAACAUACACUCUGCACUAUUGGCCUGGUAAAGAAAGUAGUGCACUAUGCAGGGAAUAGGACCCUGGUAAAGAAAGUAGUGCACUAUGCAGGGAAUAGGACCCUGGUAAAGAAAGUAGUGCGCUAUGCUGGGAAUAGGACCCUGGUAAAGAAAGUAGUGCGCUAUGCUGGGAAUAGGACCCUGGUAAAGAAAGUAGUGCACUAUGCAGGGAAUAGGACCCUGGUAAAGAAAGUAGUGCACUGUGCAGGGAAUAGGACCCUGGUAAAGAAAGUAGUGCACUGUGCAGGGAAUAGGACCCUGGUAAAGAAAGUAGUGCACUAUGCAGGGAUUAGGGUACCAUUUGGGACACUGCCCCAUUGUCUCUGAGCAGGUGCUAGAUAUCAAUGUUCAAUAAAAGGUGAAAAGAGACUCUGUACACUGCAUUCUAUGCUCCCAUGUGAAUAAUAGGUGACAACGUUUCAACCACUCAGGUAUUCGUUAUGUCUCCUCUAUACUGCAACCAGGCCAUGGCUCAGUUGGGAGAGUUCUGUAGUGUUUUCAUGCAUAGAGAGUGCAUAGGUCGCAUGAGCAUCCUGUCCACAUCAUUGCCUUGUCAAGUCUGCAUAUGUCAUACACAUUGGCCUGUAUGGGGUUCUGCAUAACUUCAGUUAACCUACUAAACGGUAUCUCCUGUGUUAGGUCCUGCCUCUGCAUAAGAUGCAGUGUGUUGUUAUUGUAGCCUGGAUCCAAAUUGAAAUGUUACAUUUCACUAUUGUUUCACUUCACGAAAGAGAGCAAUUCAGUUUGGAUCCGGGAUAGUUUUCUUGUCCCCUCAUCUCAAUAAGUAUUAAGAAAGCAGUUUUAAUGUCAUUGAUCAGAAAUUGUUAAAGUACAUAUUAUAUUUUGCAUGACGGGGUUCCUAGUGAAACCUGCGUCACAUCCAGAAUAUGUCUGAUAUUAUCUUUGCAUAUCUUCCGGAGCGGCCACAUAGGAAGCAGAAUCAGGAGCAGUCAUAGUGUACUGGGUGGGGCCGCUUCCAACUUCCUCCCUAAACUAACGCCAUUGGGGAUAUCUUAGCCAACAGCUCUGACAGAAAUCAUUCCAUGCUGUGGGAAACAUCAGAAGGGGUUGACCCGAAUGUGGCCUCACCUCAGUUGUUUUCUUUGUUGACUAGACAUAUUGAAAAUGAUUUAUUUGUUUCAUUACCUCAUAUUCAUUAAUUGUGAUGGAACUGUGGACCCGUGAAGAGCCGUGCACAUGAAUCAACAUUUCAGUGUUCACAUCGAUGUGACUGUGCCAGAGUUGGCAAAAGUAAACUGUUUUAUGUGAGUUCUAGUUGGGUAUUAUCACAGAUGCCAAGAUUGAAGAUCAUAUUUGAGUGUGUGUGACCCUCUCUGCCCCUCUCUUUCCCUUUCCAGUACCGUCAGUCUUCCCCCAUAACGUGACUGUUCAGCUCAACGAAUCAAUGCUGGUGAUCCGAUGGAAUGCCCCGCCUCCAGACAGGGUCAACGGAAUCCUCAUGGGGUAUGAUGUCAUCGUCACGUAUGGGACGCGGGUCAACAAUGUGAGUCUCCUCCUGGAACUUUGAAGACAGCGAUGCUAUCACCAUAGAAAUAUAGACGUUUCCAUUCUAUUUCUAUGGCGCUCACUGCCUCACUGCCUGGGGAUCAAACAAGUAUUCUGUUCUAUUCUAUUAGGUCAUCCAUGCCUCUGUUACAAACCUUCUGUAAAAGGUUUUGUUGCACUCUCAAUAUUAACAAUGUCAGUUUCAUACUGAGAUUUCAGUUCCCAGAUUCGAAAACUAAGAUUUUAUUUUAUUUAUUUAUUUAUUUCACCUUUAUUUAACCAGGUAAGCCAGUUGAGAACAAGUUCUCAUUUACAACUGCGACCUGGCCAAGAUAAAGCAAAGCAGUGCGAUAAAAACAACAACAGAGAGUUACAUAUGGGGUAAAACAAAACAUAAAGUCAAAAAUACAACAGAAAAUAUAUAUAUAGUGUGUGCAAAUGUAGCAAGUUAUGGAGGUAAGGCAAUAAAUAGGCUAUAGUGCAAAAUAAUUACAAUUCGUAUUAACACUGGAAUGAUAGAUGUGCAAGAGAUGAUGUGCAAAGAUGGUCAUAUGAUUUACAGUUAGCCAGUGUCUUCAUCAGGUGGCGUGUGAGAUGUGGGGGAUUAUUGGUCAUGCCUCUGACCUCAUUCCUUUCUACCAAAACUUCCCUAGUCUGUGUUCUGAACUAAAGUGUUCCACUCCACCCUAGAGUCAACAGUAACAUCUGCUCUGCUCUACUCUGCUCUACUCUACUCUUCACUACUCUGCUCUACUCUUCCCUACUCUACUCUGCUCUACUCUUCCCUACUCUGCUCUACUCUACCUCUUCCCUACUCUGCUCUACUCUACUCUUCCCUACUCUGCUCUACUCUUCCCUACUCUACUCUUCCCUACUCUACUCUGCUCUACUCUUCCCUACUCUGCUCUACUCUACUCUUCCCUACUCUGCUCUACUCUACUCUUCCCUACUCUACUCUGCUCUACACUUCCCUACUCUGCUCUACUCUACUCUUCCCUACUCUGCUCUACUCUACUCUUCCCUACUCUACUCUUCCCUACUCUACUCUUCCCUACUCUACUCUACUCUUCCCUACUCUGCUCUACUCUACUCUUCCCUGCUCUACUCUACUUUUCCAUACUCUGCUCUACUCUACUCUUUCCUACUCUGCUCUACUCUUCCCUACUCUGCUCUACUCUUCCCUACUCUUUUCUACUCUUCCCUACUCUGCUCUACUCUACUCUUCCCUAUUCUGCUCUACACUUCCCUACUCUGCUCUUCAUUUCCCUACUCUGCUCUACUCUUUUCUACUCUUCCCUACUCUGCUCUACUCUACUCUUCCCUAUUCUGCUCUACACUUCCCUACUCUACUCUGCUCUACUCUGCUCUGCUCUGCUCUACUCUUCUCUACUCUGCUCUACUCUACUCUUCCCUACUCUGCUCUACCCUUCCCUACUCUGCUCUACUCUUCCCUACUCUGCUCUACUCUACUCUUCCCUACUCUACUCUACUAUUUUCUACUCUACUCUUCCCUACUCUGCUCUACUCUACUCUUCCCUGCUCUACUCUACUUUUCCCUACUCUGCUCUGCUCUACUCUACUCUUUCCUACUCUGCUCUACUCUUCCCUACUCUGCUCUACUCUUCCCUACUCUGCUCUACUCUUCCCUACUCUGCUCUACUCUACUCUUCCCUACUCUACUCUACUCUUCCCUACUCUGCUCUACUCUACUCUUUCCUACUCUGCUCUACUCUUCCCUACUCUGUUCUACUCUUCCCUACUCUACUCUGCUCUACUCUUCCCUACUCUACUCUGCUCUACUCUUCCCUACUCUGCUCUACUCUUCCCUACUCUGCUCUACUCUACUCUUCCCUACUCUACUCUACUCUUCCCUACUCUGCUCUACUCUACUCUUUCCUACUCUGCUCUACUCUUCCCUACUCUGUUCUACUCUUCCCUACUCUACUCUGCUCUACUCUUCCCUACUCUACUCUGCUCUACUCUUCCCUACUCUGCUCUACUCUUUUCUACUUUUCCCUACUCUGCUCUACUCUACUCUUCCCUAUUCUGCUCUACACUUCCCUACUCUGCUCUUCCCUACUCUGCUCUACUCUGCUCUGCUCUGCUCUGCUCUACUCUUCUCUACUCUACUCUGCUCUACUCUUACCUACUCUGCUCUACUCUACUCUACCCUACUCUGCUCUACCCUUCCCUACUCUGCUCUACUCUUCCCUACUCUGAUCUACUCUACUCUUCCCUACUCUACUCUACUAUUUUCUACUCUACUCUUCCCUACGCUGCUCUACUCUACUCUUCCCUGCUCUACUCUACUUUUCCCUACUCUGCUCUACUCUGCUCUACUCUUCCCUACUCUGCUCUACUCUUCCCUACUCUGCUCUACUCUUCCCUACUCUGCUCUACUCUACUCUGCUCUACUCUUCUCUUCCCUACUCUGCUCUACUCUAUUCUACUCUUCUCUACUCUGCUCUACUCUACUCUUCCCUACUCUUCCCUACUCUGCUCUGCUCUACUCUAUUCUACUCUUCUCUACUCUGCUCUACUCUACUCUUCCCUACUCUGCUCUACUCCUCCCUACUCUGCUCUACUCUACUCUUCCCAACUCUACUCUACUCUUCCCUACUCUACGCUAUCAACAAGAUACAUUCUAAUUGCUUAGAUGCAAUGUAUGUUCUUGGUCAGAGAUAUACAGUACAAUGUGUUUCUGACUCUGACCAGUCACGCUGUCAGCAUGUUAGCUAGUUUAGUUUUAGUUUCCAAAAUAAAAGUCCUGGUAUGAAACGUUGUCAUAGAGAAGAUGGUACAUCAUGUUUCUGUGUGUCCUCCGGGCCUCCAGUCCCACUGUCAGCACUUUGGCUAGUGAGAGAGGAACCCCAGAUGUUGCCAUGCAGCAGUGUUGUGCAACCAAGGGCUUUAUCCACUGUCACAUGUUCCCCAACAAUCCCCCUCUCAGCUGAUCACCAUGUCUGCUCCCCUAAUGGCAACCUACAUGUAUUCCCUAUUUAGGUCACUACUUUUGGCCAGAGCCCAGACCCUAUGUGCCCUGGUAAUGUGUAGUGCACUACAUAGGGAAUAAGGUAUGAUUUGGGACACAGGCCAUGCUGCUCACCAGUGUUUUAAAAUAUUUAAGUCAAAAUAGUUUAAAGUAUUACUUAAGUAGUUUUUUGGGGCAUCUGUACUUUACUAUUAAUAUUUUUUAUAACAUAGACUCUUACUUCACUACUUCAUAAAGAAAAUAAUGUACUUUUUACUCCAUACAUUUUCCCUGACACCCAAAAGUAUUAAUUACAUUUUGAAUGCUUUAGCAGGACAGGAAAAUUGUCCAAUUCACACACUUAUCAAGAGAACAUGCCUAGUCAUCCCUACUGCCUCUGAUCUUACGGACUCACUAAACACAGGCUUUGUUUGUAAAUGAUGUCUGAGUGUUGGAGUGUGCCCCUGGCUAUCCGUAACACCAUCUAAAAAUGGCCUAUGUAUGAAAGACAAUCCAGGUCUCCAUUUGUUAGUGGGUGAUGUUCAGUACGAGGAAAACCUUUUGAAACAUUUCCAGUAAGAGCACAGAUUGUAGUUUUACAUUGACAGAUGUUUUCCUAUAGAUAGAUAUAUAUAUACAGUUGAAGUUGGAAGUUUACAUACACUUUGGUUGGAGUCAUUAAAACUCGUUUUUCAACCACUUCACAAAUUUCUUGUUAACAAACUAUAGUUUUGGCAAGUCAGUUAAGACAUCUACUUUGUGCAUGACCCAAGUAAUUUUUCCAACAAUUGUUUACAGACAGAUUAUUUCACUUAUAAUUCACUGUAUCACAGUUCCAGUGGGUCAGAAGUUUAUAUAUAUAUAUAUAUAUACUGUAUAUAUUAGUGUUUCUUAAUUUUGGUCCUGGGGACCCAAAGGGGUAAACAUUGUAGUUUUUGCCCUAGCGCUACACAUCUGAUUCCACUAAUCAAAGGUUUGAUGAGGAGUUAAUUAGUGGAAUGAGUUAAUUCAUGGAAUAGGUGUGUUUGAGAAACCCUGAUCUAAACUGCUGAAUAGAACCCUGAUCUAAACUGCUGAAUAGAACCCUGAUCUAAACUGCUGAAUAGAACCCUGAUCUAAACUGCUGAAUAGAACCCUGAUCUAAACUGCUGAAUAGAACCCUGAUCUAAACUGCUGAAUAGAACCCUGAUCUAUGAUUGUAAUCUGCUGAAUACAACCAUGCUGUUGUGUUCCUCAGAUCCGCAGCUCCUCCAACACUGGCGCGGUGGCCCUACAGGAGUUCAACACUACAUACGUUGUUCAGGUAGCUGCCGUUACUCAGGCAGGGCGUGGCAUGCUCAGUCCACCGGUUAGGAUCUUCGUACCAGAGAACAGUGAGUAGACCACACUACAUAAGGAGUUCAUAACCCAUACAUAUGCAUUCAUAAGCAGUACAUAAGCAGUACACUGUCUUGCUGUUGUUGCAAGACAAUAACAAAUAGUAAAAUGGGCAAUACAAGAGUUCAAUACGAUAAAGGAGUACAAGCAAGGCAGGACUAGGGCAAAGAUGACUUGGUUAUGAAGAGGAACCUUCGGAUGCAUGUCUGGAAUUGUCACGACUUCUGCCGAGGCUGCCUCCCCUCCUUGUUCGGGCAGGUUUCGGUGUUCGGCGUCACCGGCCUACUAGCUACUGCCGAUCCAUUUAUCAUCACUCAAUUUGUCUUGUCUUCAAUCACACACACCUGGUCCUUAUCCCUCAUUAGUCAUUGUAUAAGUGUUCCCUCUGCUUCCUUUUCUGUGUGGGUGAUUGUUUAUUGUGGAGGUUAGUGAAGCUCGGUGGAGCUCGUGUAUUUUGUAUCGACGGGAGAGUUUCCCGUGUGCCUUGUAUUUUCCAGUGUGCCUGUUUUGUGCCCUGGAGUGUGUUUGACGCAUUUCUGCGUAAACCUGUAUUUUUGUGGAUUAAAGCCUGUUAUUCUGUGAUUUACCCUCCUGCGCCUGACUCCUUCAACACCACCUCAUCACAUAAUCACCCACCCGCUAUGGAGUCAGCGGGAGAGACGCACAUGCCUGGAGUCAUGGAACGGGUCCAGGAGCAUUCAACUAUACUAGCCAGCUUGGGUGAAGCGAUGAAUUGGGUUCUUCAGGUCGUCCAACGCCUGGAGAGGAGAGAGCCCGAUCUGUCGAGACCAGCUGGCCAACCAGAUCCCGCCACCUACACCCCAGCACCCGGAGGGAUCCAGAUAUCCCGACCACGGGAGUUCGACGGGACAGCGGCGCUGUGCCAAGGAUUCCUUCUCCAACUGGAGCUCUACAUCCGGCCGGUCCCGGAGCGGGAGAGGGUGUCCGCCCUCGUCUCCUGCCUCUCGGGGAAAGCCCUGGAGUUGGCCAACGCGGUGUGGAACGAAGGAGGAGCCGCGUUGGAGAACUACGGGAAGUUCGCUCGCCUCUUCCGGGCGGUCUUCGAUCACCCGCCCGAGGGUCGAGAGGCGGUCGAGAGGCGGGCGAGCGGCGGGCGAGCGGCUGGUCCACCUGAGGCAGGGGACAAGGACUGCGCAGGACUUCGAAUUGGAGUUUCGAACUCUAGCAGCUGGGUCCGGGUGGAACGAGCGGGCCCUGAUCGACCAUUUCCGGUGCCAUCUGCGAGAGGACGUCCGACGGGAGCUAGCCUGCCGUGACACCAUGUUGUCCUUCUCAAAACUGGUGGACAUGGCCAUUCGUUUGGACAACCUGCUGGCAACCAGAGGACGUCCUGGAGGAGGUCUGCCCGUUUCCAUCCCGGCCGACUCGGAUCAAGAACCACAUUUCACCACAUGUUUUCGUCAACGCUCUUCUGGGUUUGGAGGCGGCAGGCAGGGCACUCUCGCAUCACCCCAGGUAUCGAACACCCACAAUCUUUCAGAGCCCUCUGCUGCACACUGUAAAAUACACAUCUCCUUUCCUGAGCACAUGGUAGUUCCCCAGUGUAAGGCGCUAGUCGAUUCAGGCGCAGCUGGGAACUUUAUGGACAGGGCAUUCGCACACCGUAUAGGCAUUCCAUUGAUUCCCCUAUCCAUUCCACGCCCCAUCAGAGCACUUGAUAGUCAACCAUUAGGGUCCGGGUUGGUUAAGGAAGUUACUGCACCAGUCACCAUGAUUACCCAGGAGACUCAUUGUGAGCAGGUAACUUUUUCCAUUAUUGAGUCUCCUGCUUUCCCUGUGGUAUUAGGUAUCCCUUGGCUAGCACUCCACAACCCCACCUUCUCAUGGUGAGGGUUGUGGAGUGUUCUCACGGGGUGGUCGCGAGAGUGUCAGGGUAGGUGUCUAGGUGUUUCCGUUGGUGCAACCACGGUGGAAAGUCCAGACAGUACCUCCACCGUGCGCAUUCCCCCUGAAUACCUCGAUCUGGUGCUAGCGUUCUCUAAAACGCAGGCGACUAAGUUACCACCUCAUCGGGCGGGGGAUUGCUCGAUAAACCUCCGGGUAGACGCUGUACCUCCCAGGAGUCAUAUAUACCCCUUGUCACAGGCUGAACGGUGGCUAUGGAGACAUAUGUCACAGAGUCCCUGCUCCAGGGGUAUAUACGUCCCUCCACUUCACCCGGCUCCUCGAGUUUCUUCUUUGUGAAGAAGAAGGAUGGAGGUCUGCGCCCAUGCAUUGAUUAUCGACCACUGAACAGGGAGACGAUAAGAUGUAGUUAUCCUCUCCCCCUCAUUCCUUCAGUGAUUGAAUCAAUGCAUGGGGCGCGAUUCUUCUCCAAAUUAGAUCUCAGGAGUGCGUACAACCAUCUCUAUCCGAGAAGGAGAUGAGUGGAAGACAGCAUUCAGCACAACCACAGGGCAUUAUGAAUACCUGGUGAUGCCCUAUGGUUUGAUGAAUGCUCCCUCAGUUUUUGAGUCCUUUGUGAACGAGGUGUUUUGGGACAUGCUUGGUCGCGAUGUAGUGGUCUACAUCGAUGACAUCCUGGUGUAUUCCGCUACGCGCGCCGAGUGUCCCUGGUUCGCAAGGUGCUGGCCCGACUGUUGGAAAAUGACCUUUAUGCUAAGGCAGAGAAGUGCAUGUUUUUCCAGCAGUCCGUCUCCUUUCUUGGAUACCGCAUUUCCACCUCAGGUGUGGAGAUGGAGGGAGAUCGCAUUUCAGCCGUGCGUAAUUGGCCGACUCCAACCACGGUAAAGGAGGUGCAGCGCUUCCUUGGCUUUGCCAACUACUAUCGGAGGUUUAUCCGGGGCUUUGGCGAGGUCACAGCUCCCAUUACCUCCCUGUUGAAGGGUGGGCCAUCCCAGCUCCGCUGGUCUGCUGAGGCUGACCUGGCCUUCAGCAAACUGUGGGGUCUGUUCACCUCAGCCCCAGUACUGGCCCACCCCGAUUCAUCACUACCGUUCGUAGUGGAGGUGGAUGCUCCGAGAUUGGGAUAGGAGCUGUCCUGUCUCAACGCUCGGGUACGCCACCCAAGCUCCGCCCCUGUGCGUUCUUCUCGAAGAAGCUUAGCCCGGCGGAGCAGAACUACGGCGUUGGUGAUCGGGAGCUGUUGGCUGUUGUCCGAGCCCUGACCGUGUGGAGGAAUUGGCUCGAGAGCCCUGACCAGGUGGGCCCUAUUCUUCACCCGGUUUGAUUUCACACUAUCAUACAUCCCGGGUACGAAGAACGUGAAGGAGGACACACUGUCCCGGCUGUAUGACACAGAGGAGAGGCCCAGCGACAACACCCCCAUACUGCCGGCCUCCUGCAUUGUGGCGCCGGUAGUAUGGGCGAUGGACGCGGAUAUAGAGCAGGCAUUACACACGGAUCCCUCUCCACCUCAGUGUCCAGAUGGUCUACAGUACGUGCUUGCUCUUAUCCGUGAUCGUCUGAUCUACUGGGCACACACGUCACCCUCCUCUGGUCACCCAGGUAUCGUCCGUACAGUGCGCUACCAGACCGGAAAAUACUGGUGGCCUACCUUGGCUAAGGACGUGAGGGUGUAUGUCUCCUCCUGCUCAGUGUGCGCCCAGAGUAAGGCACCUAGGCACCUCCCAGCUGGUAAGUUACAACCUUUACCAGUUCCUCAUCGACCAUGGUCUCACCUAAAUGUUGAUUUCCUAACUGAUCUUCCCCUCUCCCAAGGUAACACCACCAUCCUGGUCGUUGUGGACCGCUUUUCUAAAGCCUUCCGCCUCCUUCCUCUGCCCGGUCUCCCCACGGCUCUGCAAACUGCGGAGGCCCUGUUUACUCACGUCUUCCGGCACUACGGGGUACCAGAGGAUAUAGUGUCUGACCGAGGUCCCCAGUUCACGUCCAAGGUCUGGAAGGCGUUCAUGGAAUGUCUGGGGGUCUCGGUCAGCCUGACCUCUGGGUUCCACCCGAGAGUAAUGGGCAGGUGGAACGGGUAAAUCAGGAUGUGGGUAGGUUCCUGCGGUCCUACUGCCAGGACCGGCCGGGGGAGUGGUCGGUGUUCUUGCCAUGGGCAGAAUAUGCCCAGAACUCUCUCCACCACUCCUCCACUAACCUAACGCCUUUCCAGUGUGUUCUAGGUUACCAACCGGUUCUGGCACCGUGGCACCAGAGCCAGACCGAGGUUCCUGCGGUGGAUGACUGGUUUCGGCGCACGGAGGAGACGUGGGAUGCUGCCCACGUUCACCAGAAGGCCAACGCUGACCGCCACCGCAGUGAGGUCCCCGUCUUUGUACCGGGGGAUCAGGUCUGGCUCUCGACCCGGAAUCUGCCCAUCCGCCUGCCCUGCCGGAAGCUGAGCCCAUGGUUUGUGGGGCCGUUCAAAGUCUUGAGGAGAGUCAAUGAGGUUACCUAUAGGUUAUUACUCCCUCCUGAUUACCGUAUUAACCCCUCGUUUCAUGUGUCUCUCCUCAUGCUGGUGGUAGCUGGUCCGCUCCAGGAGUCUGAGGUGCGGGAGGUUCCUCCACCUCCUCUGGACAUCGAGGGGGCCCCGGCGUACUCUGUCCUUUCCAUCCUGGAUUCGAGGCGUCGGGUGGGGGGGCCUUCAGUACCUCGUGGAGUGGGAAGGGUACGGUCCGGAGGAACGGUGCUGGGUCCCGGUGAGGGAUAUCCUCGAUCCCUCCAUGUUACGGGAUUCCCACCGUCGCCAUCCGGCUCACCCUGCUCUGCGUCCUCCUGGCUGUCCCCGAGGCCGGGGUCGGUCUGAUCUACUGGGCACACACGUCACCCUCCUCUGGUCACCCAGGUAUCGUCCGUACAGUGUGCUACCAGACCGGAAAAUACUGGUGGCCUACCUUGGCUAAGGACGUGAGGGUGUAUGUCUCCUCCUGCUCAGUGUGCGCCCAGAGUAAGGCACCUAGGCACCUCCCAGCUGGUAAGUUACAACCUUUACCAGUUCCUCAUCGACCAUGGUCUCACCUAAAUGUUGAUUUCCUAACUGAUCUUCCCCUCUCCCAAGGUAACACCACCAUCCUGGUCGUUGUGGACCGCUUUUCUAAAGCCUUCCGCCUCCUUCCUCUGCCCGGUCUCCCCACGGCUCUGCAAACUGCGGAGGCCCUGUUUACUCACGUCUUCCGGCACUACGGGGUACCAGAGGAUAUAGUGUCUGACCGAGGUCCCCAGUUCACGUCCAAGGUCUGGAAGGCGUUCAUGGAAUGUCUGGGGGUCUCGGUCAGCCUGACCUCUGGGUUCCACCCGAGAGUAAUGGGCAGGUGGAACGGGUAAAUCAGGAUGUGGGUAGGUUCCUGCGGUCCUACUGCCAGGACCGGCCGGGGGAGUGGUCGGUGUUCUUGCCAUGGGCAGAAUAUGCCCAGAACUCUCUCCACCACUCCUCCACUAACCUAACGCCUUUCCAGUGUGUUCUAGGUUACCAACCGGUUCUGGCACCGUGGCACCAGAGCCAGACCGAGGUUCCUGCGGUGGAUGACUGGUUUCGGCGCACGGAGGAGACGUGGGAUGCUGCCCACGUUCACCAGAAGGCCAACGCUGACCGCCACCGCAGUGAGGUCCCCGUCUUUGUACCGGGGGAUCAGGUCUGGCUCUCGACCCGGAAUCUGCCCAUCCGCCUGCCCUGCCGGAAGCUGAGCCCAUGGUUUGUGGGGCCGUUCAAAGUCUUGAGGAGAGUCAAUGAGGUUACCUAUAGGUUAUUACUCCCUCCUGAUUACCGUAUUAACCCCUCGUUUCAUGUGUCUCUCCUCAUGCUGGUGGUAGCUGGUCCGCUCCAGGAGUCUGAGGUGCGGGAGGUUCCUCCACCUCCUCUGGACAUCGAGGGGGCCCCGGCGUACUCUGUCCUUUCCAUCCUGGAUUCGAGGCGUCGGGUGGGGGGGCCUUCAGUACCUCGUGGAGUGGGAAGGGUACGGUCCGGAGGAACGGUGCUGGGUCCCGGUGAGGGAUAUCCUCGAUCCCUCCAUGUUACGGGAUUCCCACCGUCGCCAUCCGGCUCACCCUGCUCUGCGUCCUCCUGGCUGUCCUCGAGGCCGGGGUCGGUGCGCUGCUGGAGCCGCGCGUCAAAGGUGGGGGUGGUACUGUCACGACUUCCACCAAGGCUGCCUCCCCUCCUUGUUCGGGCAGGUUUCGGCGUUCGGCGUCACCGGCUUACUAGCUACUGCCGAUCCAUUUAUCAUCACGCCAUUUGUCUUGUCUUCAAUCACACACACCUGUUCCUUAUCCCUCAUUAGUCAUUGUAUAAGUGUUCCCUCUGCUUCCUUUUCUGUGUGGGUGAUUGUUUAUUGUGGAGGUUAGUGAAGCUCGGUGGAGCUCGUGUAUUUUGUAUCGACGGGAGAGUUUCCCGUGUGCCUUGUAUUUUCCAGUGCGCCUGUUUUGUGCCCUGGAGUGUGUUUGACGCAUUUCUGCGUAAACCUGUAUUUUUGCGGAUUAAAGCCUGUUAUUCUGUGAUUGACCCUCCUGCACCUGACUCCUUCAACACCACCUCAUCACAGGAAUGUCCUCAGCUUAAAAGGUCUGUUGAUUUUAAAUCACUGCUACAGCUCCUCAACUGGGACACUUAAGACCCAGAUUGUAAUGAUGGGGAACACUUCAGAGUACAGACUGGGAGAAUGAGGAGGACGUUUCUCUAUCUCAUCAACAUUCUAUUCUACGUUGUACAAGGCUGUGUGUUCUGUUCUAUAAAUCAACCAUACUUUGAUUUGAUUGAUUGCCUGUUGUGUUCCAGGUUUGCCCCUGUCUCCCUCCUCCAUUCCAAACACCAAAGGAUCAGACUCUGUGUACAUCGUACUAGGGGUGGUGUGUGGCUUCUGUAUCCUGCUGCUAGUGUUCUGGGCUGCUUUCUACAUGAGAGGCAGGAUACUAGACACAUGCUUUGGGUACGUUUCCAUGCUUCUUCACAUAUUAAAGUUGUAAUUGUAUCAUGGUGUAGAAGGUGUACACUGAUGUACUAUAGUAUAGCUCAGCUCAGUGUUCCUUCCUCUGUAACUUACCGGAUUGUUUAUUUAGCUCCUAGUGAAGCAAAGGGCCUCACCAGUGCAUGUCCAGCCAGUGAAUUCUGUUUUGGCAGUUUUCUUCACCUGAUUUGCAGCAGGUAUAGAAGUUACUAUUUAUUAUGUAUUUGAUCCCUGGAGUUGGUGAGGUGAAACGGUGUAUUGGUCACUCUGCUUUUCUCAGUGGAAGUGGUUGUAGGCAGGGAUAAAGUUACUCAGUACAUUUGGAUGCCUUGUUAAUAAAGCAGCCUGGUUCCCUCUUAAUUACCAACAACACCUGCAACUGAGGUAAAGGUUGCAAAGAUUGUACUGCCUUGGUCAUGUUCAUUAGGCACCAAAUGGAAGAAAACAGACUCAAACAGCUGGACUAACUCAGCAGUGAGAUCUGGGUGGUGUUAGUUAGGGCAGACUAAGGAAAACAUUUUCAAAUGUUUUGCAACAGAAAAUGAAAAUGGGCCUUUCUCAUUGAACAAACCCAGAUAGUCCCUCCCUGUGUCAGUCUAUUUUCUUCCAUUUGGUUCCUAAUGAACACAACCAUCCCUGGUCUUACUGCUGAUGACAGAGGUAGUCCAGCUGUGCUGGAAAGAAACACCAAAACAACACUCUCCACGCCUCUACUCGCCACUCCAAUACUCUCCUCUACUCUCCACUCCACUACUCUCCUCUACUCACCACUCCUCGACUCUACUCUCUACUCCACCCCUAUCCUCUCCCCUCUUGUCCACUCCACCCCUCUCCUCCUCUCCUCCUCUCCUCCUCUCCUCCCCUCUCCCCUCUUGUCCACUCCACCCCUCUCCUCUCCUCCUCUCCUCCCCUCUCCCCUCUUGUUCACUCCACCCAUCUCCUCUCCUCCCCCUCCCCCCUCUGUCCACUCCACCCCUCUCCUCUCCUCCUCCCUCUCCUCUCCUCCCCUCUCUCCCCUCUUGUCCACUCCACCCCUCUCCUCUCCUCCUCUCCUCCCCUCUCCCCUCUUGUUCACUCCACCCAUCUCCUCUCCUCCCCUCUCCCCUCUUGUCCACUCCACCCCUCUCCUCUCCCCUCUUGUUUCACUCCACCCCUCUCCUCUCCUCCCCUCUCCCCUCUUGUCCACUCCACCCCUCUCCUCUCCCCUUUUGUUCACUCCACCCCUCCCCUCCCCUCUUUUCCACUCCUCUCCACUCCACUCCCUCCUCCCCUCUACUCUCCCUUCUUGUCCACUCCACUCCAACCCUCCCCUCUCACCACUCCUCUCCACUACACUCCUCCCCUCCUCAACACCAAAACAACCCUCUCCACUCCACUCCCCUCCUCAACACCAAAACAACCCACUCCACUCCUCUCCUCAACACCAAAACAACCCACUCCACAACACCAAAAUAACCCACUCCACUUCACUCCUCAACACCAAAAUAACCCACUCCUCUCCACUCCACUCCACUCCCCUCCUCAACACCAAAACAACUCACUCCUCUCCACUCCACCAAAACAACCCACUCCUCUCCACUCCACUUCACUCCUCUCCUCAACACUAAAACAACCCACUCCUCUCCACUCCAUUUCUCUCCCCUCCUCUCCGCUCCACCAAAAUAACCCUCUCCACUCCAGUCCUCUCCUCAACACCAAAACAACCCACUCCAGUCCUCUCCUCAACACCAAAACAACCCUCUCCACUCCACCAAAACAACCCUCUCCACUCCUCUCCUCCUCUCCACUCCACCAAAAUAACCCUCUCCACUCCUCUCCUCAACACCAAAAUAACCAUCUCCACUCCUCAACACCAAAAUAACCCACUCCUCUCCUCAACACCAAAACAACCCAAUCUCCUCUCAUUUCUGCUGUCUCUGUUCUGGAAUGUAUGAAGUUAAAGAGGUGACUUAGUGUUGCCAUUCAGGAUAUACAGAUACAAAUCUGUCACGCGCCAAAACUAGCAAACAACCUCUCAUCUCUCAGAGGCAGGAAAACAUCAGGUCAUAGAGCUAGCUUCCUGCUUCCAGAUGAAUUCUCAAUCUAACCUCAACCAUUACAACGGAGGCAAACCCUUGUUGAUGUUAGUGAGUUAGUAACUCACUCUGGCUGCAUUCCAAAUGGCACCCUAUUCCCUAUAUAGUGCACUACUUUUGACCAGGGAAAUUCUGGACGCACGAAGUAAGAGAGUGAUGGGUUUUGAGAAGGAGGCAAGGAGAGAGGAAGCUCCCUUAAUCGUUUUAUUCUGCUCCAUGGUAGUAACUUGUGUCUCUCUGGUGCCCCCUGCAGUCAGAUGUUUGGAAGUGCAGAGAAGCUUCCACCCAUCGUCCAGUACAGGCCCCAGAGGUCCUACGACCGAUCAACCAUUGAAAUCACA